AUGCCGUUCAUAAGUGAAAAGCUUGAAGAUCGUAGCACGAUGGACAACCAAAAUGGCGCGUUUUAUGCUUCUCCAUUGGCCAUAGAAUCACUCCCAAAUGAUUUAUUGAUUGAAGUUUUGGCAAAAGUUGCCGCUUUUUCAUUCACGCAUUUAGUCCAAGCCAAAUUAGCCACCAAGGAUUUUCUCGAAGCAUCAAGUCAUGGCUACAUAUUCCAGCACGCGUCCCUUGGAAACUUCCAGAAGCUUCUAUGGAACAACAGCAUAGAGUUUUGGUCGUUCAUGGAAAAAUGCAACAACAACGAGAACCCAGAGACUCUAUACCGAAAGGGGAUGCUAGAAUUCUUCACCCAUUGUAGAGAAGCUUUUGGAAUGACAUAUUUAAAACUUUCUGCCCAAAAAGGCUACCCGAAAGCUUGUUAUGUAUACGGCAUCAUUUUGUAG